ACAAUCAGCCGCCAUCUUGGCUCCACUCGCGAAGAGGUUGCUUCUUAGAGAUGUUUUGACAAGUAGUUGAACCAGUUGUAGGAAAGACCAUACGUAGCAAGCCAACAUGCCGAAAAAAUCCAAAAAGGGCAAAGGAAAGGGAAAGAAGGGGAAGAAGGGAUCAAAGAAAACAAAGAAGAAUGAAUCAGUUGUUGCGAUUGCAGCUGCAAAUUCAAGAGUAUGGGAAGCGAGGUUGGAUGUGGCUGAAAAGUCAAAACAAGAGUUUCGGGACAAUGCCAAACAUUUGAUGUUGGAGAAUGACGCUCUGCAGACUCAGAUGUUACAGACAGAGCAAGACACCAUCGAUGUCAUCACCUACCUCAAGAAACAGGACCAGGACAAGGAUACACAGCUGGAACGUCUGCAACAGCAGAUGCGAGACAUGAAGAAGGAGCAUCGCAAGGAGAAGGAGGUGAUUGUGGAAGACUUCAGCAAGCAGAUCAAUGAGCUGGAGGAGAAGUUGGGGGAGAAGAUGCGUGAGGUGGAGCUCAUGCAGUCAGAACUGAAGAUGGUCAAGGAGUUCCGGCGGCGGCGGGGUCAGAUGCAGAAGGAGCUGGAUGAGAUCAAGGAAGCCAUGCACAGUGCCAACAGGGAACAUAAGGCUACUCUUGCCAGGAUGGAACAGAAAUUCUUUGAGGAAAAGAUGCGCUUGCAGCAGGAAGCUAAUCAGAAAAUAGCUGAGUUGGCAGAGAAGGCUCACACAGAGGCUAUAUCUAACCUGGAUGAGACAACUAAGUCUGUGUACAAGGAGAAUGUGCGACUGACAGAGGCCCUGAACUACCACAUGAAGGAAGGGGACAUGUUGAAGAAGGAGCGUGAGCGACUUUGGGAACUGAGUGAGCGACUCCAGGGAGAGAAGGAGGUCAACGAGCUGAUGGUCCAGAAUAAGGUGGUGCAGGCCAAACAGCAAAAGGAGGAGAUUAAGCAGCUAACUGAGAAACAGGAAACACUUGAACAGUCGCUAAGUCAUGUUGUACGAGAGUUUGAGAGAGAGAAGCAAUCUCUGGUUUUGAAAGCUAUACGGGAGACUGAGGCUGCCAAGGGGGAGCUUGUCAAACUCCAGAGAGUCAUUGAGAUGAAGACAAGGGAAAUGAACAAAGUCAAGAAGCUGGCUAAAAACAUUCUGGACCAACGAACAGAGCUGGAGAGGUUCUUCCUGCAAGCCUUGGACCAAGUGAAAGGAGAGAUUGCCGCUAAUCAAGCGCAGUACCGCCGUGAUGCACAAGCAGCAUAUCAACAGCGGAUGCUGGUUGCACAUGCAGGGAAAGGCAGCUACCCCAAGAUCCGAACAUUCACAAAGUCGGACACCAGCACCAACAGUGUAUUCAAAGAUCUGGAGGCAGCAGAGAGAUUGAAGGAGAUCAAGUAUAAUGUGACAGGUAAGGUUGAUGUGAGUGACCUCACAUGGGAACAGAAGGAAAAAGUUCUCAGAUACCUGUUUGCCAAAAUGAAUGGAGCUGACACCAGAGCUGAGGGCCUGCCAGCAAUAAAUGGUCCACAUAUGGAGGGACAGAUGAGCCUAACACAAGCUGAUGGAGACCACAAGGAUGCUGAUCCAGAUGAUUUGACCUUCCUGACCCAGGCCAAGGUCGACGUCCCUGGCGACAUCAACCCUCAUCCUCUCAUCCCAAACAUUGGGGCCCAGUCGGGGAUGUUGGUGGAACCACAGGCAUCGUAACAAGCCAAACUGUCUCAUUGUUCUAUAUAUUUUGUAUACCGGUAUUGUGAAAUUUAGAGCCUCUAUUUAUUGAGGGCUGUUUGAAGUCAAAAACAUAUUUUCAGAAACUUUGCAUUUUUAAGUCAAAACCACUUAUGUCUAAUAUGAUGUCAAAUUAUUUUUAUCCAACGAAUAUUGAACCCUGUGUAAACACAAACUAGCAAGUUGAAUGUCAUGAAAUUAUAUGUACCAUAAGAAUCUGUCUACUGAACAACACAGCGAUUCUUGUACUUCUGAGCAAUACCAUCUACUUGGUGAUUUUGAAACAUAUCCUGGUAACACAGAUUUACCCAUGUGUUUGUGAUAUUUUUUUUAUCAUACUUUUAUUUUGUAAAUCCAUAUACUUACAACCAGCAUUGUUUCCUCCAACCAUACCCUUGCCUUCACUGUACUGUGCUUUAUCAUGUUAUACUUGUCAGCAAAUUUCAGGAAAUUGAUGAGUGUCAUGGAUUUCUUUAACAGCUGUCUCCAAUAUCUGAAUACAAAGUCAAUAACUUUGUCUAACCCAAACUGACACCACUUUACUCAGCUGGUUUCAGAAUGGCAAUUUUGUGAUAUGUUUUGUUCACCUGUCAAGGUGAAUAAUUAGCAUGGAUUAAAAUCUAUUUCAGAAACUAGAAAAUCUGUUAAACACAAGAAAUAGUAUGGUAUUUUUCAGAUAUUGAAAGCAAAAUACAUGACCAUUACUUGAACCACCUCCUGCAGGUGUUGACUAUGGAUGAAGACAGAUAGUGUACAUGUGACAUAUACUGACAAGUUUACUUCCCAACAAAACCAAAUGUAUUAUCCACUCCUUCCAAACCAGUUGUUUCCCCUACAGUAGCAGAUUAAAAGGGCUGCAUCAAGGACCUGAUACUGAGUUGAACUGUAUUGUGAGUGAGUGAGUGAGUUGUUGCAAUCGACAAUAUUUUGGCCAUAUUGAGAUGGGGGCAAAUUAUACAUCAAUUUAAAGCAUAUAGUGUAAAAUAGUUAGUACAAUAUCACAGAUACAGCAUAAAACAAACCAUACCUUGACAUCUGCCUAGUAGCCCAAUAGUUAUGUUUAUCACGGGACUAAAUAAUUAUUUUGAUAUUUUGCCCUUUCACUAAAUGAAAAUUUCUGUAGAUGGUAAUGCCACUUUUAGCAGUAGUUCAGCCCCAAAUGGGUUUCGUACAUGUACCAUGAAAAUUCAAUGCUCCUACUGGAGGUAUUCAGAGCAUGCUAUGGACUACACAGCAUAACGAAGUCAGUAGAUCUACUAUUUCCUCCUCUACUUGAUGCAGCUCAUGGUGAUGGGCACAGCGUCAGAAUGCUCCUCCAAAGCCUUUAUGUAUUAUACCUAAUGUAUUACUCCAAACCAAUGUAUUCUAGUGUCUUUCUACACUUUACACUGUUUUAUAGAGUCAAUAUUUUACAUACUUACUUUGUACAUACCCUAACUCCUGUCUGUGAUAUUGUGGAACCUUGUAUUUAUUGAAGUCUCAGAACAACGCAAUGACCAUCAACUUGCUUGUGAAUACUAUCAAUGGGAUGAAAUACUAGUGUUUAACUUCUUAUAGUAUUACUCUUGACUUGACCAGUAUUAGGUUGGCAGCCAUCUUCUGUGUCGCCUGAGAAACUUCACAGAUAUGUAUUUUGUGAAGUUAAUCUCUUUUAAGUAUAAUUUAUAAAGUUCUUAAAUAAAUUUUGUUUGUACAUAAUUUGUGAGUAUGUCUUGCACAGAAAUGUGUUUGAGCUUAUAAAGUAUUGUGCUGCUAGAUGAAUAAAGUGUGAAGUCAGUUUA